AAUGCCAACACGAAUAUAUAAAUGAAGGCAACUUAUUUUUUAGUUGUAAAUAACUAAUCUAUUGACGCUCUAAAUUAAGAGAAAAUAACUAAUAAUGUAGUUUUGACAUCAUUUGUGCUUUGGUAGGUUUAAUUGCCAUAGGCUGUCUUAUACUGCUGCUUUGUUAUAGAUUUUCGACGUAGUUGAUGUCGUCUGAUCACUCUAAACAUGAUCUCAAAAACAGGAGUGGGCUUUUUGGGGAGAACAGACCAUAGAAAGCUCGUCGUUUCUCUUAAUUUUAACAAUUACGACAUUUUCCAGUGUACUCGGAAGCAGCAUUACAUCAGUUGACAUUGUGACCUCUAGUGGUGAAAAUGUAUCACCACACUCAGACAUGAUAAACAGUGGACCACAGGAAAACUUCGGUACUAUCUCGACAUUUGUUAUCCAUAUCAUGUGUGGCUUUUAUGAAAAUGUUUUUUUCUUAAAUGCAAAAGCCAUGCAUGUAGUUAAAUAAGCUAUGAAACAAUCUAAAAAGAAAAUGUGGCGUGCUAGGGUUAAGAAAACUGAACCAUAUCACAUGCCACCUUGACUGGAAGAAUCGUAAUUACAAAAGUAUUCACCCUUUGAAAUCAAGACGACAUUAAAUUAGUACAGAAAGUGAAUAUACUUGCGUAGCCAAUGCAACUUUCAGGACAGUGUCAGCUCUGAUGACCACAGAUGGGAUAAGCUGCUUCUCUCUGCAGCAGUUGUCACCAUCAGCACCAGAGCAACCACUGCUGGCACUCUCAUAAAAGAAACUUCACUGGGCGACUGACUGUUUGAUUGUACCAGAUUGUUACUGGACAGUCCACGCCUUCACAGCCCCCCCAAAAACAAGGCUCCCUGUGAAUAAACCCAACGGAAAUCUACACUCCUUCAGAGUGUUUCUCUGCUUCUCCUUAUGCUGAGCUGGACUGAUAAUGGAGCUGUCUUGUGAAUCAGUGAGAUAUCCUGAGGACAGGAGACCGACCAGCUGCAAGUUUGUGGAGCUCCAUGUGCUGUAUGUGCCAGAUGACCAGUGGAAUGUGAAGCUCAAUAAAGUCCCCGCUGAAGCCAUAGAGAGCUUCAUAUCUGCUGGCUUCAUCAGAGUUUAUCCUGAUAUCACCCUGAAAACUCUGAGGAGUGAGCUGGGAGCUCUCCUUGGCGCUGAGAGGGGCAUCGACAAAUUCUCCUUCCUGAAAUGUGUGGGGCGCAGUUUGGCGCUGGUCAAGAGCAAACAGGAGAGGGACCUGAAAGUGAAAACAUUCGCUCCACCAUAUGCCCCUCAGCCGGAGCUUUACCUGCUGCCCAGUGUGGAGAGCGACAGCAGCAUUUGCUCCCAGUCUCUCACCACAGACACCAGCAGCAGCUCCCCAGACCAUCAGACCUAUUACCACCCUCCGAAGACAUGCAGCCUGCCAGCAGGAACAAAGGAGCCUGUUAAAUUCCCCCUCAUCCCCCAGUGUUCCCAUCAGCCACCUCCCACCCCCAGCCUGGAAGAGGAGGAGGAAGAGGAGGAGGAGGAGGAGGAGGAGGAGGAGGAAGAAGAAGAAGAUGAGGAGCAGAGCUAUAGUUCUUCAGAGGCAGCAGGAGAAAAUGAAGAGGAGGGUCUCUCUUCCAACAAGUCACAAUGGGCAGAGCAGGAAUGUUGCCCAAGGAAGCCUCUGAAUCAAAGGGCACCACAGCCUGUUUCACAGAGUAAAGCUUUACAAUGGUGUGAAGCUGAUCUUGGUCAGGUGAAGGAGUCACCAGAGAACAAAGACACCUGCCGUCAGAAGCGACAGUACCACAGACAGAGCAGAGCUGCCAGAGAUUCAGGAGUCACCCAGUCUUUGGAGGACAGAGAUUCAGGCUUCUCCCUCACAGAUGGGUUCGGGAAAUCAAAAGAUGCACAUGCACUGAGGUCCGACAGGAAUAAACCAACAAGUGGAGUGGCGGAGAGCGCAGCUGUGUUGUCUCGGGCUGUUGGGCUCACCUCUCAGGACUUGGCUGUGGUCACUCAAAAAACAACUGCCUCUGCUGUCUUUCACACAAACAGAGAGGAACUGAUUGAGGAAAUCAAGCUGGUGAGGGAGGAGAGAAAGCAGCUGGAGUGGACAAGGCAAGAGUUGUUGAGGAAAGGGAAAGAUCUGUUGGCGCAAAACAGACACCGCAGGAACCAAGCACGUGAUAGUUGGAAGAAGAAAUAUUUUGAAACCAAGAAGGCCACUGCACCGUUGGAGGAAAAUCUGAGAAACUUACGACAAGAGUUGGAGACAUUUUACAACAAACUCCUGCACCAGCUCCAGGCCAGAGAUAACCGAGGGAAACCAAGACGACAUGGCAGAUCUUCCAUAAAGAACGAGCUCAUCAUUCAGAUCAUGACAGAGAGCCAUGAGAUCGACAACCUGAAGAGGAAGAUAGAGGAUGCUAAGAUGAAGCUGGUGACAGAGAUAAAGUUGAGGAAACAGGCUGCCACAGAGCUGAGGGCCCUGAAGGCUGAACUGGCCCAGAAGAAGAGCCAGUCCUCUCACCAUGGUCCCACGGCCACUCUGGGCUUUGGAAAUACCACACGGGAAAGACCUCAAGCUCAAAGCACCUCCAUCUAACUUUGAACAAAACUGUUCUCUGGCUUUAACUUUGCUGGGACAGCAUUAGAUCUUGAUGUUAUACAGCUGUACUUUCUACAUAUCAUACUACUUUGUACCAGAGUUUUGUAUUUUUGUGCUGUUGCUUUUUCUGCGUUUUAUUAUUACUUCAUGUUUGAUGUGAUCUGAUUUGUUCACAAUGUUAAUUCUGUUGACUUCUCAGAUUUCUCAGGUGCUGUAAUCUUGUUAGGAAUGAAACUCAAAUGUUUAGCUGGUUAUGUAACUUCAGUAAUUUGCAGAUUCAUCAGAAAAUAUUUAUUUAUGAAAAGCAUAAAGUGCAAAGAUCUCAGUAAGCCCAGUAUCGGUCAGACAAAAUUACUGUUGGUGUCACAUUAAAAAGAUUGGUUGUCUUUUUUUUUUU